AUGUCAAUUCGACGUGCUUCUGAAGCGUUCGGAAUACCAAAAAGUACAUUAUGUGACCAUUUAAAUACAAAAACAAUUAUAAGAAAGCCUGGUGGACAAACCAUUUUAAGCACCGACGAGGAAAGUCGACUUGUAGAAGGGUUACUGAAAUGUUCUGGGUGGGGCUUCCCCAUGAAGUGCCGUGACAUUCAGUUAGUUGUUAAAUCGCAUUUAGACAGAUUGGGUAAAAGUUCAAAUAAUUUUAAUAAAUUCAAUAAUAAUUUGCCUGGAAAAUAUUGGGUUGAAUUAUUUUUGAAAAGAAAUAAUACUCUCACACUACGAUUUGGUGAAAAUAUUAAGCGUGUGAGAGCAUCUGUAUCGACAGCUGUUUUAAAUGAAUAUUUUGAUAACCUGAAUGAAGUUUUAAAAUAUGUCCCUCCACAUAAUAUUUUCAAUUAUGACGAGACAAAUUUUGUCGAUGACCCAGGUAAAAAACUUGUUGUGGUAAGACGAGGUACCAAGCACCCAGAAGUUAUAAAAGAUACCUCCAAAACAAGUAUAUCAGUUAUGUUUUGUGUGUCGGCUGACGGAAAAAUGCUACCACCCUACACAGUUUAUAAGGCUAAACAUAUUUAUCCAACGUGGAUUGAAGGUGGUGUAGAAGGAGCAGGGUAUAAUCGGAACGAUAGUGGGUGGUUUGAUAUGCCCGUAUUUGAGGAUUGGUUUGUAACAUGUUUUUUACCUGCUUGUCGUAAUUUGGACGGACCUAAGGUUAUUAUUGGUGAUAAUUUAGAGAGUCAUUUAUCAUUAGAAGUAUUUCAACUUUGUGAAAAAAAUAAAAUUAAUUUUGUAUUACUUCCUCCAAAUGCGACACACUUGUGUCAACCACUCGACGUCGCUGUUUUUAGAGUCUAA